UCCCUUUCUUCUCCCUCUUUCUUUUCUUAAGCUGACUGAAGGAUCUCAAUUCAAAAUCUUAUCUCCCUAUCUUAUAGAUCCAAGUUGAUCGUAUGAAGCCAAGCCCUUUCUCACCUUGGAACGAUCCAUGACCUCCUCCUCCGGCGAUCACUCUGACUAACGUAGGUCAUCUUGAUCGCUGUGCUUGUCCUUUGGAUAACGAAACCCCCCUCCGCUCCGACACUUGUGCUGCAUUUUUUUUUAAUCCGUGCGUUUGUUUUUUUCCCUUCCCCAAUUGGUUUGGAUAUGUAGAGAGAGAUUUGAUCGCUCCAUGUCGCUGUCGCAGUGAUGGAAGCGUUGGACGGGGCUCGGACGGACAGAAGAGGCAGCCGCCCUGGAAAGAUUCUGCCCAUUUACAGAUUCGGAAGGAGACUCGGCGUGGGUUCCUUCGCGUAUGUAAAACAGGCCGAGCACCUCCUCACGGGCCAACAGGUCGCUAUCAAGAUCCUCAAUCGCAGUCAGAUCAAAAGCAUGCAGAUGGAAGAAAGAGUGAGGCGAGAGAUCAAAAUACUGAGAUUACUCAAUCAUCCCCAUAUUAUCCGUCUUUACGAGGUCAUCGAGACACAGACGGACAUAUAUUUCGUAAUGGAAUAUGUUAGCUCCGGGGAGUUAUUUGAUUACCUUGUGGAGAAGGGCAAGCUGGAAGAGGAUGAGGCCCGUCGUUUUUUUCAGCAGAUCAUAUCUGGUGUAGGGUACUACCACAGAAACAUGAUAGCUCAUCGUGAUCUGAAGCCAGAGAACUUGCUGCUGGAUUCCAAGCGCAGUGUCAAAAUAGCAGAUUUUGGCUUGAGUAACGUCAUGCGUGAUGGCCAUCUUUUGAAGACUUGUUGUGGAAGCCCCAACUAUGCUGCCCCCGAGGUUCUUUCUCGUGAACAUUAUGUAGGCCCUGAGGUUGAUGUUUGGAGUUGCGGUGUCAUUCUUUAUGCUCUUCUUUGUGGCAGGCUUCCUUUUGAUGAUGAAAAUAUCCCAAAUCUGCACGAGAAGAUAAAGGCAGGGAUGUACACUUUUCCUUUGGGUCCGUGUGCUUCAGCAAAGGAUUUGAUUUCUAGGAUGCUCGUUGUUGAUCCCAUGAAGCGAAUCACUAUUGCUGAGAUUCGUCAGCAUCCAUGGUUCACACCUCAUCUUCCUCGCUAUUUGACAGUGCCUCUACCAGAUACAAUGCAGCAAGCAAAGAGGAUUGAUGUGGAUAUUCUUCAAGAAGUGGUUAAAAUGGGUUUUGACAAGGACCAUUUGGUCAAAUCUCUGCAUAACAGGCAGCAGAAUGAGGCAACCGUUUCAUAUUAUUUACUUCUGGAUAAUCAGUUCCGUGCUGCUGGUGGCUAUCUUCAAGCCGAGUUUCAAGAAACUAUGGAGUAUGGUUCCUCGCCUGUGAAUUAUUGCGAAACUCCGACUUCAGCACUCACAAAUUAUUCGUCUCGAUAUAUGGAUCCAGAGGCCAUGGGUUUUAGGGUACCUUCUUCUGCUUCCAAAAAAUGGGCUCUUGGACUUCAGUCGCUAGCCCAACCUGGGGCAAUAAUGAUGGAGGUCUUUAAAGUUCUUCAACAACUUAACGUUUGCUGGAAGAGCAUUGGACAAUAUAAUAUUAAAUGUCGUUGGGCUCCUGGCUAUCCUGCUCUGGAUACCAAUCAUAGCAUAACCAAUGAAGCUGCCAUUCCAGAAAUUGAUAAUAUUGCCUGGAUAUCAUCUUAUCUAGUCAAAUUUGAAAUUCAGUCUAUUUUGAUCUGCAGUGCAACCACCAUUUUAAAGCUGUACAAAACCAAGGAAGAGAAGUAUCUGGUUGACUUUCAAAGAGUCCAAGGGCCGCACUUCCUUUUUCUUUAUCUGUUUGCUGCCUUCCUUGAGCAGCUUAUGUUUGUACGACGAUAGUUUUUCAUUAGUUUUUUUUUUCCCCCCCUCUUUGGUAGGUUUCAUACUUUUGAAGUUUGUGAAUAUGUAAAUAGGUACUCUUUUUGGCUUCACUCUGGUUGCCGUAUCUUUGUUACUUCCGAAUCCCUUGUCUGCGCUCAGGAUUUUGAAACGAUAUUCUUGAUAAGAUUGCCUUUUGCCCGUAAUGGAUUAAACAGUAGUGCCCCUAAUUUUUUUUUUUUUUUUAGGGUAGAAGUACCUCAUAUUAUUGAAAUCUCCUAUAUUUGUGAGUAUGUGGAUUUAGGGAGGGCUGGUGGCACAUUAAGAAAUCCACGGUCAAAAAGUCGGUAAGAGCUAUCGACCAUGAUCUUUAUUUCCUUAUGAUGAUAAUCCGGUACUGAUGGUGGUGAUCUAAUGUCACAGAUUUAUAGCUUUCAACCUAUGAAAUUGUCCUUGAGUCAAAAAGAUCUCAACAAUUUUUUUUUUUUUGCUUCUUUCUAUGGAAUUCGAGCAGGUCCAUUGCAACGAUUCUCCAGAUAUUUAUAAAGGUAGACUAUCUCAUUUGGAUGAUCCUAUCGGCUCAAACCUAUUAUUUAUGUGGGAUUUUAUGUCCAGUCAUCCAAACUUGGAACCGAUACUAAGUUUAAUUUUCAAGAUCAAUGUAUUUGGAUUGGAUGCUACAAUAUGAUGUCUCGUCGAUGAGGCCCAAUAGGGUUUUACCAAAAAAAAAAAAA